GGGGCGAGCCCGAGCCCCCGCCCCCGGCCGGCCCCGCCCCGGUCCGUCAGAGGCCCCCGGGGCGCGCGCACCGCCCAGGCGCACAUCGCGGCGCGGGGUCGGCCGGCGGCAGCGGCAGCGGCAGGAUGGCAGCGCAGCGGCUGGGCAAGCGGGUGCUGAGCAAGCUGCAGGCUCCGUCGCGGGCCCGCGGGCCAGGGGGCAGCCCAGGGGGGCUGCAGAAAAGGCACGCGCGAGUCACGGUCAAGUACGACCGACGCGAGCUGCAGCGGCGGCUGGACGUGGAGAAGUGGAUCGACGGGCGCUUGGAGGAGCUGUACCGUGGCAGGGAGGCGGACAUGCCUGACGAGGUAAACAUUGAUGAGCUGCUGGAACUGGACAGUGAGGAGGAGAGGAGCUGGAAGGUCCAGGGUCUCCUGAAAUCGUGCACAAACCCCAUAGAGGACUUCAUCCAAGAGCUGCUGACCAAGCUGCGAGGCCUCCACAAGCAGCCAGGUCUCCGCCAGCCCAGCCCCUCUGAUGAAGGCAGCCCACGCCCCCUGCAGGACCGCGCCCCGACUGCGCCCCCAUGACCCUGGCCUGCCUCCGCCGCCCCUCUGUGUCUCUGCCACCCUGUUUCCAAGUUGUAUUCCAUGGUUCUGUAACAAUAACACCAAGUGGCUGUGUCUCCUC